AUGGUGUCAGAUUCAUCGGUUAACAAUGGUUACAUAAUCGACAUUGACUCUGAUUUCGACGAUUAUUCAGAGGCCGAUCCGGAUAACUACUUCAAAAAUCUCAACCUACGAUAUUUUGCUGCCAAACCACAGGAAAUGCUAGAGUACACUCAGUUAAAAGAAAAGUGUUUGGAGAAUGACAACCCGGUUGCCCACUAUAUUGAGGGAAUACUUAAGUACUUCGUAGAGGAGGAACAUCGUGAAGGCCUGAGACAUUUCCGACAAGCUUCCAUUGGGAAAAAUGAUGACGACAAUGAGACUAGAGAACAAGUUAAUCCUACCAUGAAGACUAGACCGGAAUCGAAAGCUGUUUUGGAGCUACCAAUCAGACCUAUGGGCCUCAGGUCACUUAAGAAUACAAUACGGCAAGUUAAUAGGGAGAUGAACUCUACAAGCAGCAUUGCUCUAAGCGAUACACAAUUCAGACUAUCCUCUCAGAAUAACACAGGAACAUUUCGUUCUAUUGUUACUGACAAUUUGGAAGCAUCUCAAUGCGGCAGUUUCGGUAAAGAGAAUUUACAUCCUAAUGAGCCUAAUAUUGCUGACAUUUUGAACUCAGCCUAUGUUGACGAGGGUAAUCCUACAUUCCAAUGCAAGUUCUGUAAAGCCAAACUGUGGUAUGGUGAACGUUUAGACAGAAAGACUAAUUCAAAGAAGGAUCCAAUUUUUUCGAUCUGUUGUGGACAAGGACAAGUCACACUACCUAUGUUAAGAGAGAGCCCUUUGGUCAUCAAAAAACUGCUUUAUGGAAAAGAUGCGAAAAGUCGGUACUACCAGAACAACUUGAGAUCAUUGAACAUGCUGUUUUCUUUCACUUCUCUUGGUGGUAAAGUUGAUCGCUCUAUUCCUAAUGGUGUUGGUCCGAAAACUUUUACAAUGCAAGGGGAAAACUACCAUUUAAUGGGCAGUAUGAAACCAGAUUCCGGUGACUCCGCUAAGUUUUCUCAGCUUUAUAUUGUUGACAUUGAAUCCGAAGUUGAAGAUAGAGACGCUGUUCUGAGCAAAUACAAGACAGAGACAGAUAAAACUAAGAAGCUUGAGUUGAGAAAGCAGAUUAUUGAGGAUAUAAUAAAAGUGCUUGACGAUGUUAAUCCGUAUGUUAAGCAGUUUCGGCAGGCAAGGGAAAGAUUGAGCAUGGAAGCUAACGAGAAGUUCCAUAUGAGGAUAGUGAGUACUCGCGAGAAAGAUGGAAGGACUUAUGAUACUCCAACUGCGUCUGAGGUGGCCGCAUUAAUUCCUGGAGACUUUAAUUUGGAGAUGGACAGGCGUGACAUUGUUUUACAGGAAAAACAAUCCGGCAGUUUAAAAAGAAUUAGUGAGAUACAUCCUUCUUAUCUUGCACUUCAGUAUCCCCUUAUUUUUUCAUAUGGUGAAGAUGGAUUCAGACUCGGUAUUAAAAAAAGGGAUUCUCCUGCUGCUGAGAAAUUGAAGAGAAAGGAUAUAAGUAUGAGGCAAUGGUUUGCUUUCCGUCUUUUUGAAAGAGAUGGCGAGUGCCAGACUCUUCUGAACUCAAGAAGAUUAUUCCAGCAGUUUCUGGUUGAUGCAUUCACAACUAUAGAAACUAACCGUAUCUGUUUUUUGAAGCAGAAUCAGAAAAGUUUGAGGUCAGACAGUUACGACUCGAUCAAACAGUCUGAGAACGAUGGGAAAAUUGAUAUGAAUGAUCAGGGUUCCAGAUUUAUUUUGCCAUCAUCUUUCACCGGUUCACCAAGAUACAUGAAGAAUAACUAUCUAGACGCAAUGGCUAUUUGUAAACACUAUGGUUUCCCUUCGUUGUUUAUCACGUUUACAUGCAAUCCAAAAUGGCCGGAGAUUACAAGAUAUCUAUCCCUACGGAAUUUGAAUGCAGAGGAUAGGCCUGAAAUUGUUUCAAGAGUUUUCAAGAUGAAGUUGGAAUCACUUAUGACAGUUUUAACAGAUGGCGAGCUCUUAGGCAAAACUCUGGCAUCGAUGUAUACAGUUGAGUUUCAGAAACGUGGGUUGCCGCACGCUCACAUAUUGUUAUUCAUGCAUCCAAGUUCUAAGAUUCUCACAACCGAGCACAUUGACCAGAUCAUUUCAGCUGAGAUUCCAGAUAGAGAUGAAGACCCUGAACUCUAUGAAGUGGUUAAAGACAUGAUGAUUCAUGGUCCUUGUGGUGUUGUCAACUCUAAAUCACCGUGUAUGGAGAACGGAAGAUGUUCCAAACAAUUUCCGAAGGCUUUUUCGUCCAACACUACUGUUAAUAAAGAGGGAUUUCCAAUCUACCGUAGACGUGAUGAUGGUCAUUUUGUUGAGAAAAAAGGUUUCAAGUGCGACAAUAGAUAUGUUAUACCAUAUAACAGAACUCUUUCGCUUAUGUUCAAAGCUCAUAUUAAUGUUGAGUGGUGCAAUCAGUCGGGAUCUAUCAAAUACUUAUUCAAGUAUAUCAACAAGGGACAUGAUAGGAUUACCGUUACUGUUGCACCGCCGAAAGAAGUAGGAUCAUCCGAUCACAGUGGGUUGAACCAAAAUGGAGAUCAAGAACAAAAAAAUGAAAUUAAAGAUUUUUUCGAUGGCAGAUAUGUAUCUGCCUGUGAAUCUGCAUGGAGAACUCUAAAGUUCCCAAUUCACUACAGAUCGGUGCCUGUUGAGAAAAUUCAGUUUCAUUUGCCAGGAAAGCAGAAUAUAGUGUUUAAGGACGACGACACAUUUGAGGAAGUAACAAGUCGGGUGCUGAUUCAGAAUACCUAUAUCAUGGCAUGGUUUGAGUUGAAUAAGGUUAGUGAGGUUGCUAGAAAGCUGACUCUAGCUGAAAUUCCUACAAUGUUUAUUUGGAACAAAAAGGAAAGAAAAUUACAAAAAAGAAAAAGGGGUUUCUGCCUUGGGAGGAUUAACUAUGCACCCAAGAAGUUUGAGGAAGCAUAUUAUCUGCGUGUAUUGCUGAAUAUUGUCCGUGGACCAACCACCUGUCUGCGACAUUUAUUUGCUGUUAUGCUCAUGUCGAUGACCUUAUCAAUGCCAGAAAAAGUUUGGGAAAAUACAUGGGAGUUUCUUUCAGAAGACAUUGAGUAUCGGCUGAGAAAACGGUUGAACAGACAAGAUCUAUGUUUAAGUGAUGCUGACAAAAAAGAAGGAGCUCUAUUGGAGAUUGAAAAAAUUUUGAAGAUUAAUGGAACUUCUCUGUCAAAUUGGGAUAAGAUGCCAAAGCCCUUCUGCGAUGCUCCUGAUUUACAAAACGUUUUGAUCACGGAUGAGCUGAGUUACAACCGUGAUAAGUUAAGAGAAGAGCAUGAUAGGGACGUUUUGAAAAUGACUGAUGAGCAAAAGAUGAUCUACAAGGAGAUUAUUGAUGCUGACGGAAAAAAAGGUGGACUUUUCUUUGUUUAUGGAUUUGGUGGUACUGGGAAGACGUUUUUGUGGAGAUUAUUAUCUGCUGCUAUUAGAUCCAGAGGUGAGAUUGCGUUGAAUGUUGCAUCAAGUGGUAUUGCUUCCCUUCUGUUACAAGGAGGAAGGACUGCACAUUCUAGAUUCGGUAUACCAAUCAAUCCAGAUGAGUACUCCUUUUGUAAUUUGCCACCAGGGACAGAUGCUGCUAAUUUGGUUAAAGAAGCCUCUAUGAUUAUUUGGGAUGAAGCACCGAUGAUGAGCAAGCACUGUUUUGAGUCACUCGAUAGGAGCUUAGCAGACAUUAUGAGGAUUAAAGAAAACACUACAGGAAAUCCAUUUGGUGGGAAAGUUGUUGUAUUAGGUGGAGAUUUUAGGCAAGUGCUGCCUGUUAUAAAUGGUGGCUCGAGGCCUGAGAUUGUGUUGAAUUCGCUAAAUUACUCCUAUUUGUGGAAACAUUGCAAAGUGCUCAGAUUAACAAAGAACAUGAGGUUGCUGUCGACUAAUAUGACUCCGGAAGAGUUGAAGGAACUUGAAUCAUUUUCUAAGUGGAUAUUGGAUGUUGGAGAUGGAGUUGCUGGUGAGCCUAAUGAAGGUGAUGCACUAAUCACUAUUCCGGAUGAAUUUCUUAUUAUGGAUGCCAACGAUCCCAUAGAAUCAAUCAGCCAUGAAAUAUAUGGAGAUACAGCAGCUCUACAGCAGCAGAAGGAUCCUAUUUUUUUUCAAGAGAGAGCUAUUCUUUGUCCGACAAAUGAGGAUGUGAACAAUAUAAACCAGCAUAUGUUGGAUAAGCUCGAGGGUGAAGAGAGAACAUAUUUGAGCUCAGACAGCAUUGACCCAUCUGAUACACGUUUCGUUAAUGAUCAGGCUCUCACACCAGAUUUUUUAAACAGUAUCAAGGUAUCAGGCUUACCAAAUCAUAAUCUUAGGUUGAAAAUUGGAUGCCCUGUCAUGUUGCUGAGGAACAUUGAUAAUGUUGGAGGUCUGAUGAAUGGAACUAGAUUGCAGAUAAUAGAUAUGUGUGAAUUCUGUGUGAAAGCAAGAAUUAUUACAGGAAAGAGAGUUGGGGAAGUUGUUAUAGUUCCUAGACUGUCUAUUACUCCAUCAGACAAUAAGUUACCAUUCAAGAUGAGGAGAAGGCAGCUUCCUAUUUCUGUGGCCUUUGCUAUCACGAUUAAUAAAAGUCAGGGACAGUCUCUCUCACAUGUUGGUAUUUAUUUGCCACGCCCUGUUUUCUCUCACGGGCAGCUCUAUGUUGCUAUCUCUAGGGUCACAUCCAAAAAAGGUUUGAAGAUUUUGAUUCUAGACGAUAAUGGUAAGCCUCAGAAACAGACAAGAAAUGUUGUAUUCAAAGAGAUUUUUCAAAAUCUCUGA